AUGGGAAUUGGGGACACAAGUGUGAAAGUUGAUGUUCGUGUUCGACCAUUGUCAGACAGUGAAGUGAAUGACGGUAGUUCGACCUGUUUGUCAUAUCCAAAUGAAGAAAAUCAGCUAAUAAUUGGAAACGACAAGCGUUUUGGCUUUGACUAUGUUUUCAAAGAAACAGAUUCUCAAGAGUAUGUUUACAAAAAGGCUGCACUUCCAAUGGUUGAAAAUAUUCUCAAAGGAUACAAUGCUACUGUGUUUGCCUAUGGUCAAACUGGAAGUGGAAAACAUAUACAAUGGGUACAUGUAUCUCCGAAAGUGUGGUAGAAGAAUCCACUGGUAUUGUUCCUCGAAUUAUUAGGGAUUUAUUUGAGAAAAUGCCAAAUUAUGAGUAUGAGUAUACAGUGAAGGUUUCAUUCCUGGAGGUAAUAUACACAUUUUUGUAUUGAGUUAUUUCCCAGAUAUAUAAAGAGGAUAUACAUGAUCUGUUAGGCGAAGAUGUAUCUGCAUCCCUACAAAUACGUGAAGGGAAUCAACUUGUUAAGGUAUUUCCUCACUUCGUAUUUAGAUUCCAGGUCACCACCACCACCUAUGACCAUUUUGUUGAAUUCACAAGUUUCGUUUCUCUCUCCCAGUCUAUGUCGUCCCAGGAUAUUUCCAUAUCCAAUGUUAUCCAUUCCGACUUUGGUGUUUAGGUCUACUGUCAGGAUGAUGAGAUCUGAUCUGGAGUGC